UUAAUGGCUACAGAUUCGUUGGUUAACGUGCGAAACGUCACUCCAUUAAUACGGCACGACAAGGCUGGGUAAGUUACAGACCCGGCCACAGGAAGUGUUUCUGAGGGGGAUACUUUAUGCCGUGACACUGUGGGCUGCAGAGAGCGAGGAGUCAAUCAGAGAGAUGGCAGCUGGAGCAGGAGGUGCGAGAAAGAGAUCUGCGGGACCCCCAUCUCCGAUUUGGGGGACCCUGCGCGCUCUAUGGAAGGAUAAGCAGCGGGUUCUGUUCAAACCCGAGUAUACCCUGCUCGUGACCGCGGCACUUUGGAUCGCCGAGAUCGGGAUCAAUGCCUGGGUGAUCCACCGAGUUGAAUAUACAGAGAUUGAUUGGAAAGCCUACAUGGAUGAGGUGGAGGGGGUUAUCAAUGGAACGUACGAUUACACUCAGCUGAAAGGAGACACUGGCCCCUUGGUGUACCCAGCUGGCUUUGUGUACAUCUUCACAGUGCUGUACUACGUGACUGGCCGGGGGAGGGAUGUUCGGCUGGGUCAGUACCUCUUCGCUGUCUUCUACCUCAUCACGCUGCUCCUGGUGUUUCGUAUCUACCUCCGCACCAGCAAGGUGCCCCCCUUCGUAUUCUUCUUCAUGUGCUGUGCCUCCUAUCGGAUCCACUCCAUCUUCAUCCUGCGGCUCUUCAAUGACCCCGUGGCCAUGAUGCUUCUCUUCGUGGCGGUCAACCUCUUCCUGGAUGGCCGCUGGACGCUGGGCUGCUGCUUCUACAGUCUGGCAGUGUCUGUGAAGAUGAAUGUGUUGCUGUUCGCUCCCGGGCUGCUGUUUCUGCUGCUCUGUGAGUUCGGGCUGCUGAGGAGCAUCCCCAGGCUCUCCCUCUGUGCAGCUAUACAGGUGGCGCUGGGCCUCCCCUUCCUGCUGGAGAACCCGCUGGGCUACGUGAGCCGCUCCUUUGACCUGGGCCGGCAGUUCCUCUUCGAGUGGACUGUGAACUGGCGCUUCCUCCCGGAGGAGAUCUUCCUCAGCCGCUAUUUCCACCUGGCCCUGCUGGGGGCGCACCUCUCCAUGCUGCUGCUCUUCACUCUCUACCGCUGGAACAGGUCUGAGGAGAGCAUCAUCGCCCUGCUGAAGGACCCAGCCCAGCGCAAACACACCUCGCCGAAGCUCACUGCUGACCAGAUCACCUACACGCUGUUCACCUCCAACUUCAUCGGGGUGUGUUUCAGCCGCUCGCUGCACUACCAGUUCUAUGUGUGGUACUUCCACACGCUGCCCUACCUGCUGUGGAGUGGCCGGGUCACAAAGCUGGCUCCCUUGCUCAGGGUGCUGAUCCUGGGGCUGGUGGAGCUGUCCUGGAACACCUAUCCCUCCACGGUGUACAGCUCGGCUGUGCUGCACGCCUGCCAUCUCAUCAUCCUGCUGUCUCUGUGGUACGGAGAGGAGGCUGCCGUCGACCUCCACAAACGCAAGUGAUCCCCCGUCCAGCACCAUGGGAGGACCGUUCAAACAGGCCCUUCCCCGUCCAGUCCCAUACGAGGAGAAGGAGAGUGCAAGCACAGAGAGUCCAGUCUUAGUGUAAUCUAGCCGUCCAGCGCUUUCUCAGUCUCUACUCAGCAGAAUGUUCUGAGGGAAGGAACGGCAGUGUGCUCUAGUGGUAGGAGAGUACAAGGCUAAAGCUAUCCCCCAUGAGACCCUAUGCAGUGCUAUUGGUAUUUCUGUAUCUGAAACCUUUAACAGGUUUCAGCAGUGUAUGGAAUGCUGUUCCACACCUCGCCAGUUCAAUCGGGACUCUUGAGAUUAACCUGAGAAUGCUGGACGUGGGAAAAAGACCUUGUGAUAGUUUUAUUGUUUUCUUUUUUUUUCAUUUGAGUUUAUUUUUGCUGAAUGUGGCUAACUGGAUGAAAAGGCUGUAUCUGAUAUUCUGAGAAUGUGUUUGAAUAGGAAACAGACUCGACACCAGUCGACCUGCUGCUGAAGUAACAGCGACAAAGAGCCAAAGAAAACUGACAAGGACCCCAAAAAAGUAGAAUCUCAUUUCUAAUACUCGUUUCUAAUAAAGUUUCAGUUUUCCAUGUGCAA